UCUCUCUCUCUCUCUCUCUCCGUCAAACCAACGAAUCUCAAACCAAAGAAAACACAGAGAGAGACUGUUGCUCGACUUGAUCGCGACAUGUCGGACAUAGUCCAAGAAGCAUGGAGGAACUACCUCAUACAGCUCCAAGCCCACCCUCUCCGGACCAAGGCGAUCACUGCUGGAGUUUUAGCUGGUUGUAGCGAUACGAUUGCGCAGAAGAUUUCCGGGAUCAAGAAACUUCAGCUCAGAAGAUUGCUUCUGAUCGUGCUUUAUGGGUUUGCCUAUGGUGGGCCAUUUGGACACUUCCUCCAUAAAUUGAUGGACAUCGUCUUCAAGGGGAAAAAAGGCAACAGAACCGUCGCCAUGAAAGUGUUGUUGGAGCAAUUAACAACUUCUCCAUGGAAUAACAUGUUCUUCAUGAUGUACUAUGGCUUGGUGGUUGAAGGAAGAUCGUGGAGUUUAGUCAAGAACAAAGUCCGACAGGACUAUCCUUCGGUGCAACUAACUGCAUGGAAGUUUUGGCCCAUAGCGGGGUGGGUGAAUUACCAAUACAUGCCUCUGCAGUUUCGCGUUUUAUUCCACAGCUUUGUUGCCUCAUGCUGGGGAAUCUUUCUUAAUCUCAAGGCAAGAUCAGUUACCAUCAAGAAGGCUUAGGGUAGGAUGACUGAUCUGUGAGAUGUUUCCAAGGUUGUUGUUCUAAAAUACAUGUGAUAUGGGCAUAUAAGAACCAUAGAAGACCUACAGAUUAUUCGAAUUGCUGUCGUGCUCUAAUUCGCUUGUUUUCCUGUCUCGCGGCUAACUUUCUCAAUCUCAAGUUAAAGAUCAGUUGCCAUCAAGAUGGCUUAAGG